AUGCAGUUUUCCAUCACUUCCAUCGUCGUUACCCUCGCUGCCAUGGCCUCGCUUGCAGCUGCCGCUCCGCAACAAAAUAACGCACGCGAGAACUUCAAGAACACCAAGUGCAAGAGCCAAGCAUGCAAGGACUCUGUCGACUCCGGAUGCCCUCUAUCUAACAUUAACUUUGUGCUUGGUGGCUGUGACGAUCCCAGCUCCUAA